CCUUGAGGGAAGCCAAAGAGUUAACAUGGGCACGCCUGCCAUCUCUCUCCACGUCUUUCAGGCGAAGCUUGGCUUCUGGGGCUGAGAGGCAACUGUAAGAAGGAACCCCUUUGAGCUGUACGCGAAGAGCAGGGCGGCUCUUGGGGGAGCUUUCUCUUCACAGAAAGAAGGAGACGCGAGGAGAAGGCUUUCAACGAAAACCCAGUCAAACUCCCAGAGACGGAAUGAGCCGCUGAUGCAGAGUCAAGGGCAUCCUUCCUGAGGCGCUACCCUGCCUUUUCCCCCUUCCUUCCCUUUUUAAUUGUUGAGCAGCCACAUGGAAACCGAGGCUCUGCCUUCGAAUUAGUGGAGAGGAAAAGCCCGCGCUUUUUUUUUUCCUUCCAGGAUGGGGUGAAGCCUAAAGAGGCGUGGGACAGAAGGGGGAAAAAAACAGGUGUUUCUUGGCGCGCGCCCUCCACGAGCAGGGCUUCUUCGGUGGCGUCUCGGAGAAAAAGGGAAAGGGCUGGGCGCAGUUGACGCUGCAACCAGCCAACCAAGCGUCAUCCAAAACCCAAUCCCUUCCCGCGCGCACGCGCCGGGCGCAGGUGGCUGAGGGAGAGAGAGAGAGAGAGAGAAAGAGAGCAGCCGCCUCGUUUCGCCUUGCGUUGCCUUGCUUCUCCGCUGGCCUCGGGAGCAACGAAGGCGGCAGCAGCAGCAGCAUCCAGCGCGCGCGCUCCUGCCUGCCUGCCUGGGGAGGAGAAAGAGAGAGCGCGAGGGAGAGCGCGAGAGAGGAGAAAGCAGCUGUCACGGCGUCUUCUCCAGCGGAGGAAGGGUUUGCCAAGCCGAGGUGGCCUUACUACAGAGCGCCAGGGAGAAGAGGAGGAGGAGGAGGAGGAGGAGGCGAAGAAGGGGGGGUGGGGAGGGGAGGGGAAGGGAAGCCAGCCAGACGCCGCGGAGAGGCAGCCUCGCCGAGGAGCCGCGCAUGAAGCAGCCUCUUCUUCCUUCCCUGGACGAGGGAGGCGGCAAGAUGAUGAUGCUGCAGUUGGGCAAGGUCAGGACCUUGCACUGAAGGAAGGCUUCCCGCCCGGCCUUGCCUGCCUGCCUCCCUCCCCCCCGCCUCGCUUUCGGAGGAGGAUUUGCCUUUUGUCUGUGGGUAUAUCUAUAUAUGCUGGGGAAACAGCGCACAGCGGCGGCGGCGGCGGCGUUGGGAGCUAUGCCUGUGCCAGACCAACCAUCGUGCUCUGACAAGACAAGUUCCCUUAGCCCCGUGCUGACUACAUCCAAUGGAGAUGGAUCUGAAACAGAGACCACGUCGGCAAUUCUCGCCUCAGUCAAAGAACAAGAGUUACAGUUUGAAAGGCUUACAAGAGAACUUGAGGCUGAACGCCAGAUUGUGGCUAGCCAGCUGGAGAGAUGUAAACUUGGAUCUGACACUGGAAGCAUGAACAGCAUUAGUUCAACAGAAGAACAGUUUCAUUGGCAAACACAAGAUGGUCAGAAGGAUAUAGAAGAUGAGCUCACAACUGGUCUUGAACUUGUGGACUCUUGUAUUCGAUCACUGCAAGAGUCUGGAAUACUUGAUCCACAGGACUAUACAACUAGUGAAAGGCCAAGCCUCCUCUCCCAGAGUGCACUUCAGCUUAAUUCCAAACCUGAAGGGUCUUUCCAGUAUCCAUCUAGCUACCACAGCAACCAGACCCUUGCCCUUGGGGAAACAGCAACGUCACAGCUCCCAGCACGCAGCAAUCAAGUCCGAUCUGCUAUACAGAACUAUAACCAGGGCACCAGCGGGCGGGGAGCGCACCUCUCGGGCUCGGAGGCCCCUCCGCCGCCCCUUCCGCGGGAGUCCUUCGCGCCGAGCCAUGGCAGCGCCUUCCACUUGCCGGACUCCUCCUCGUCCUCGGCCGCCUCCUCCUCGCAGCCCCCCCAGCCCCAGCCGCACGCGCCGGCCCUCUACUACUCGAGCUCCACGCUGCCGGCGCAGCGCGUGAGCUCCCCGCUCUCCAUGCAGCAGCAGGUGGGCUCGCCGACCAAGCUCCAGCGGGCGGGCUCCGCCUCCGAAGGCAGCAGCGGCGGGGGCUACGGCACCACGCAGCGCGUCUCCUCCCCGAAGCAGUCGCCCAGCCGCCUGGCCAAGUCCUACAGCACCAGCUCGCCCAUCAACAUCGUGGUCUCCACGGCGGGCUUGGCGCCCUCGCCGCUGCGCGUCACCUCGCCGCCCACCCUGCCGCCGCCUUCCAGCGCCGCCGCCGCCUCUUCGCCGCUCCACCAGCUCAGCUCCACCCUCGGCACCUACGCCACGCUCUCGCCCACCAAGAGGCUGGUCCACCCGCCGCACUCGCAGGAGCUCUACGCCUCCGCCACUCUCCAGAGGCCCGGCAGCCUCGCAGCUGGAUCCCGGUCGUCUUACACCAGCCAACAUAGCCACCUGGGCUCUGAUUUAAGGUCACUACAGUCUCCAGAGCACCAUAUAGAUCCUAUUUACGAAGACAGAGUAUAUCAGAAACCCCCUAUGAGGAGUCUCAGCCAGAGUCAGGGGGACCCUCUUCAACCAGCACAUACAGGCACAUACCGCACUAGUACAGCCCCAUCUUCCCCUGGUGUCGACUCCGUACCCUUACAGCGCACAGGCAGUCAACACGGCACACAGAAUGCAACAGCGACCUUCCAGAGGGCCAGCUAUGCAGCCGGCCCAGCCUCCAAUUACGCAGACCCCUACCGACAGCUGCAGUAUUGUCCUUCUGUUGAAUCACCAUACAGCAAAUCGGGACCAGCCAUCCCACCUGAGGGAACCUUGGCUAGGUCACCUUCAAUUGAUAGCAUUCAGAAAGAUCCCAGAGAGUUUGGAUGGAGAGAUCCAGAACUUCCAGAGGUUAUCCAGAUGUUACAGCAUCAAUUCCCCUCAGUACAAUCCAAUGCCGCUGCCUAUUUACAGCAUCUCUGCUUUGGAGACAAUAAAAUAAAAUCUGAGAUAAGGAGACAAGGAGGAAUACAAUUGCUGGUGGACCUAUUGGACCAUCGGAUGACAGAAGUCCACCGUAGUGCCUGCGGAGCUCUGAGGAACUUGGUGUAUGGGAAGGCCAACGAUGACAACAAAAUUGCUUUGAAAAACUGUGGGGGUAUUCCAGCAUUAGUACGAUUACUCCGCAAGGCCACAGAUUUGGAAAUCAGAGAACUUGUCACAGGAGUUCUCUGGAACCUGUCUUCUUGUGAUGCACUAAAAAUGCCAAUUAUCCAGGAUGCCCUUGCAGUGUUGACUAAUGCAGUGAUCAUUCCUCAUUCAGGAUGGGAAAACUCCCCACUCCAGGAUGACCACAAAUUACAACUUCAUUCAUCACAGGUGCUGCGCAAUGCCACUGGGUGCCUAAGGAAUGUCAGCUCUGCUGGAGAAGAAGCCCGCAGAAGAAUGCGAGAGUGUGAUGGACUUACUGAUGCAUUGCUGUAUGUGAUUCAGUCUGCUCUAGGAAGCAGUGAAAUUGAUAGCAAGACCGUCGAAAACUGUGUGUGCAUUUUAAGGAACCUCUCAUACAGACUCGCUGCAGAAACAUCUCAGGGACAGCAAAUGGGGACCGAUGAACUUGAUGGUUUACUUUGUGGUGAUACCAACGGAAAAGAUGCAGAAAGCUCAGGAUGCUGGGGCAAAAAGAAGAAGAAAAAGAAAUCUCAAGAUCAGUGGGAUGGCGUCGGUCCUCUUCCUGACUGUGCAGAACCACCAAAAGGAAUCCAGAUGCUGUGGCACCCAUCCAUAGUCAAACCCUACCUCACACUUCUCUCUGAAUGCUCAAAUCCAGACACGUUGGAAGGGGCAGCAGGUGCACUACAGAAUCUGGCAGCAGGUAGUUGGAAGUGGUCAGUAUAUAUCCGCGCUGCAGUACGGAAGGAAAAAGGCCUGCCAAUUCUAGUAGAGCUCCUUCGGAUAGACAAUGAUCGAGUAGUAUGUGCGGUUGCAACAGCUUUACGGAAUAUGGCCUUAGAUGUCCGAAAUAAGGAGCUAAUAGGCAAGUAUGCCAUGCGGGACCUGGUCCACCGGCUUCCAGGAGGUAAUAACAGUAACAAUUCAGGAAGCAAGGCCAUGUCUGAUGAUACUGUUACUGCCAUUUGUUGCACCUUGCAUGAAGUCAUCACAAAAAACAUGGAAAAUGCCAAGGCCUUACGGGAUGCAGGAGGAAUCGAAAAGCUUGUUGGCAUUUCCAAGAGUAAAGGAGACAAACAUUCACCAAAAGUAGUGAAGGCAGCAUCUCAGGUCUUAAAUAGCAUGUGGCAGUACAGAGACCUGAGGAGUCUAUACAAGAAGGAUGGAUGGUCACAGUAUCACUUCGUAGCCUCAUCUUCAACAAUAGAGAGGGAUCGGCAAAGACCGUACUCUUCAUCACGCACCCCUUCCAUCUCUCCAGUGCGCAUGUCUCCCAACAAUCGUUCAGCAAGUGCCCCGGCUUCGCCUCGAGAAAUGAUCAGUUUAAAGGAAAGAAAAACAGACUACGAAUCCACUGGAACAAAUGCUACUUACCAUGGAAGUAAAGGAGAACACACAUCUAGAAAAGACACAAUGACAGCUCAGAACACUGGAAUCUCUACUUUGUACAGAAAUUCUUAUGGUGCACCUGCUGAAGAUAUUAAACACAACCAGGUUUCAACACAGCCAGUUCCACAGGAGCCCACUAGGAAGGAUUAUGAACCAUAUCAGCCAUUUCAGAAUUCAACGAGAAACUAUGACGAGUCCUUCUUUGAGGACCAAGUGCAUCACCGCCCACCUGCAAGCGAGUAUAAUAUGCAUCUGGGACUCAAGUCCACUGGCAACUACGUCGACUUCUACUCUGCUGCCCGGCCCUACAGUGAACUCAAUUAUGAAACAAGCCACUAUCCAGCGUCUCCAGAUUCCUGGGUUUGAGAUUUCGGCAAAGGGGGGGAAAGCUCCAGGAACUGUGCAUGUGCAUGCAUACCACAAGACAUUCUUUUCCUGCAAAUUUAGUUUGUUAAAGCCUGUUCCAUAGGAAGGCCCUGAUAAUCAGUGUGGAAAAAAAAUUAAGAUACCUUUUAGAUGGCGAAAAGAGUUGGAAGUUAAGCACGGGAGUGUCAUUAGAAAGGGGGAAAUGUAUAUCUAUUUCUGUAUCUAUAUAAUCCUGUCUCUCUAUAUAUAGAUAUAGAAAUAUAUUGUGUAGGGAGGCAACUUUGCAGUUGACCUUGUAUGUAGAGUUUAAAACAAAUAGUGCUGUACAUUGAAUGUGACGGAAGGGAAUCGGGGAAGGUAUGACAGCUGACAAGGGUCCAGAGUUAAGCACAAGAAAAUGAACAGUUUACAAACCUUAGGGGGGACAGCUUCUCACACUUUGUUUCCUCUCCUCAUCCAUUGUGAAUCUAGGCUUCAAGUUGCAUUUGGGGUUUCCUCUGUACAGCAAGAUGUUUCUUGCCUUUUGUUAAUGCAUUGUUGUAAAGUAUUUGAUGUACAUUACAGAUUUAAAAGAGAGAGAGAGAGAAAGAAGUGCAUUGUGUAUAUUACACCAAUGCCACAGUGUUUCUUCAUCUAUGGUUCUAAAUAUUGCUUCAAUUUCAAAACUUUGAAGUAUGUAUGAAUUUCCAGGGGCAGGGGAGGGGUUGUUUCUCUUUUUCUUUUACUUUUCUGUUAUUUUCCCCAGUGCGUUUUAACAAAAGAAAACAAAAAAAUGGAAUAUUUAGCAGUAUUGUUCGUUCUGAUAUGUGAAUUUGUUUGUGGCAACUAAAAAAAAGGCAUUCAGCAGUUUCUGACAAUUAACAUUCAUCAUUCCACACUCCUUGUCAACAAAGUGCUUUUUCACUGCCUAAAAUUUUAGAUGUAGAUAUUUGAAAUAGAUUUUUUCAUUUAUACCAGUUUUCUUUAUGAUGAUACAGUGUUAAAAGAAAAUAAAUUACAAUUGAUCUGUCA